AUGUCGACAUACAACAUCCUGAUAACUUCUGACGUGGUCUGUCCAUGGUGUAUGGUGGGACAUUCAAGGCUCUCACGCGCCAUUAGCGAGCACAAGAAGACGUACCCGGACGACAAAUUCCACCUGAAAUACACGCCAUUCUACCUGCAACCACCACCACAACACACGGUGACAACAGGACCCGUGCCACCACCGUUCCCGGUGAAAUCACGCCCGCGGCGAGAAAUGUACGCGGAGAAGUUCGGCCCCCAGCGCGCGGCGCAGAUCGAGGCGACGAUGCGGCAAACGGCGGCGGGCGAGGGCCUGGACUUCAAGUUCGGCGGCAUGACGGGCCCGAGCCGCAACGGGCACCGCCUGGUGUACUACGCGCAGAACCACGGGGGGGAGGAGGCGCAGAACGCGACGAUGCUGGGCCUGUGGCGCCGGUAUUUUGAGCGUGAGGUCGACAUCACGACGCUCGAGACGCUGGUCGAGGUCGGCGUCGAGGCGAAGCUGGGCACGGCCGAGGAGAUCAAAGAGUUUCUCGUCAGUGGGCGGGACGGGGACGAGGUCGAUCGCAUCGCGGAUGAGGCCAGGCGGAAGGGCAUCAGUGGUGUGCCGAAUUAUGAGAUCAAUGAUCUUUGGGAGGUCAGUGGGGCGCAGGAUCCCUUGGCUUUUCAGAAGUUGUUUCGCAAGUGGAAGGAGGUCGAGGCUAAGGAGGGCGGUGCGAAGGGGGUUGCUGGUGGUGAGGCUAAGGCUUUGAAUGGGAAUGGGUGUUUGUAG